AUGGCUGAUCACGGAACUAGUGAGAAGGCCCAAUCUGCUCAUAAUGAGGGCAUCGAGGCGAUCACGCUAGGUGACGCCGUGCACAUCGCCGACGAGGCACUGCAUGCCAAAACAAGCCCAUGGACUUGGCCGUUGAUUCGCUUGUACUGUGUUUUAUUUGUUGGAUAUCUUUGUGGUUGCUUGAAUGGGUAUGAUGGUUCGCUCAUGGGCGGGCUAAAUGCGAUGUCGACCUAUCAAAAAUUCUUUAGGAUGGAAUCCGCUGGCUCCAGCACCGGUCUGGUAUUCGCCAUAUACAGCCUGGGCUCUAUUCCAGCAGUCGUCCUGUCUGGUCCCGUGAACGACUAUCUGGGCCGCCGUAUGGGGAUCUUCACUGGCGCUGUUUUAAUCAUUAUCGGAACAUGUAUUCAAGCGCCCGCGAUCAACCAUGGCAUGUUCCUGGGGGGUCGAUUUAUCCUGGGAUUUGGAGUUACUUUUUGCAAUGUCAGCUCCCCCUGCUAUGUCAGUGAAAUGGCACACCCCCGUUGGCGCGGAACCUUAACUGGUCUGUAUAAUUGUAUGUGGUGGAUCGGAUCAAUUAUUGCUAGCUGGGUCGUUUAUGGAUGCUCACACAUCACGACCUCUGUGGGAUUUCGCAUUCCAAUAUGGUGCCAACUGUUAUCAUCCGUUAUCGUGGGGGCUGCGGCCUGGUUUCUCCCCGAGUCUCCUCGCUGGCUGAUGGCCCAGGACCGCUUGGAGGAUGCAAUCAAUGUCCUUGCCAAGUAUCAUGGAGAGGGUGAUCGUAAUCACCCCAUUGUUGUCCUUCAGGUUAAAGAGAUGCAGCAGCAAAUCCGUGUUGAGGCAUCUGAUAAGCGGUGGUGGGAUUACCGCGAGUUAUAUAACACCCGCUCAGCACGAAAUCGUCUUAUAUGUGCACUAGGAAUGGGGUGCUUUGGUCAGGUCUCUGGGAACAGCGUGACCAGUUACUAUUUACCGGUAAUGCUGCAAAAUGCAGGAAUUACCUCACAAAAUACCCAGUUGAUGCUAAAUGGCAUUUUCCCUGUGCUCUGUUUUCUUGCCUCUAUUACUGGUGCUCGAUUCACUGAUACUAUUGGCCGCCGACCAUUAUUGAUCUAUUCAAUCUUCUUUAGCUCCUGUUGCUUUGCUAUUAUUACUGGUUGUUCAAAAGUGGCUGUGGAAAACCCAGAUAAUCGGUCGGCAGCCAACGCCACAAUCGCCUUUAUUUACAUUUUCGGCAUUAUCUUCUCUUUUGGCUGGACACCACUGCAGAGCAUGUAUAUCGUCGAGUGUCUGGCCACCAAUACUCGUGCGAAAGGUACUUCCGUUGCCUAUCUUGUGACUGCUAUCAGUAGCGCGGUCAUCCAGUACAGUGCCGGACCCGGACUGGGUAACAUUCACUAUUAUUUCUACUUGGUCUUUGUGUUCUGGGACCUUUUUGAAUUAGUGAUUAUCUACUUCUUCUGGCCUGAGACCAAGAAGCGGACAUUGGAAGAGCUAGAGGAAGUUUUCUCCGCCCCGAAUCCAGUGAAGCGCAGCCUGAUCCGCCGAGAUACCAACACCGUUCUUAAUACUCUGCAGUUCGAGGAUCAGGAUGCGAAAGUUGGACAGGCGUGA